AUGAUAGCCUUGACCAAAUCAUUGGCCUUGUGCACUAUCUUCAUAUUCCUCUCCAUUUCAAUUCUAUUGUUCAUUUCCGUUUUCUAUAUUUGCAAGUAUCAUUACGAGAGGAUUCAGUUGGCUCAGUGCGCAAUUUUAAUGAAACCAGAAGAAGUGAAUAAGCGGAGAACAGCUGGUGAAUGUGAAAAGGGAGAUAUUGAAACAGAUAUAGACAUUGAACUUCCAUACUACACCAACGUCAAUGUUCCUCGAAUAUUGUUAACGUCAGAAGAACUACCUCCAGAUUACCAUGAACUAGAAUCCGCCCGUGCUUCUCCUCUACCGUCAUACGAUGAUGUAAUGUACUGUGAUCAAUUGAAUCGCUCUUUUCAAAAUUUGCUCUCAGCAAGAUAA